CCUUUCUUAUGUGCGUGUGUGUUUGAUGACUGCGGGGAAUUGGCUGCCGUGUAUAUUUUGCAAUUAAAUCGCUGAAAAUGGCUAAAAAGAAAAGUGAGGAGCAAUCGGGAGCCGAUGCUAACGAUAGUGAUUACAAUGAGGAACCGAAUUUUGAAGAUCCACCUAACUAUGUAGACAACAUCAGCGAUGAAGAUUUGCUUGGCGAUAUGCUGGCGCAACGUCCCUCGGAAGCCGAUGGUGUUGAAAGCGUCGUUGUCGUUGACAACAUGCCGGUUGUGGAGCCAAAUCGUAUUGAAAAGCUGAAGUCGGUAAUCAACAAGCUUUUCUCGAAUUGCGGAGAAAUCGUCAAUGUUGUUUAUCCCGUCGACGAUGAAGGUAAAACCAAGGGCUACGCCUUCAUGGAGUAUAAGCAUGCCAGUCAGGCCGAGGAUGCUGUGCAGAAACUCAACAAUUAUCGCCUGGACAAGAAUUACACAUUCGCUGUAAACUUGUUUACGGACUUCCAAAAGUAUGAAAACAUACCGGAGAAAUGGGAACCGCCAACCGUGCAGCCCUUCAAGGUGCAGAGUGAUCUGUACAAUUUCAUCAAUGAUCCCGAUGCUUACGAUCAGUACUGUGUGGCAGCCGAAACUGCACCCAAUUGCGUUCAGGUUGGCUUUUGGCAGAAUAUGCUUCCGGAACCCAAUGAGUUAGAGACGCGUGAACGCUUCACCGACACAUUUGUAAAGUGGUCACCAUUGGGCACCUAUGUGGUCACUUUCCAUAAGCCAGGCGUGGCCAUUUGGGGUGGUAGCAGCUUCCAGAAAAUCCAAAAGUUCCCCCAUCCCGGCACUCAGUUUGUUGAAUUUUCACCCUGCGAAAGCUAUUUGGUCACAUAUGGACCAACGCCAACGGGCCAGAAGAUCAUCAUUUGGGACAUUCGUACCGGUGCCGAGAAGCGUUCAUUUGUUGCUGAUGGCAUGUCUGUGCUUUCAAUGUUCCGUUGGUCACAUGACGAUAAGUUUGUGGCACGAAUGGGCGAAAACUCGAUACACAUCUACGAAACACCAUCGUUCUAUUUGUUGGAUCUGAAGUCGAUCAAGAUUCAAGGUAUUCGCGGCUUCUCGUGGUCGCCCACGGACAACGUGAUUGCCUACUGGGUGGAAGAACAGAAUCAGAUACCCGCUCGUGUUACGCUUAUGGAAAUUCCCAAGAAGCGUGAGAUUCGUAAUAAGAACCUCUUCAAUGUGGCCGAUUGUAAGUUGCACUGGCAAAAGUCGGGCGAUUAUUUGUGCGUCAAGGUUGAUCGGUACUCGAAGCUAAAGAAAGACAAGAAGGAGCUGGACGUGAAGUUCCUCGGCAUGUUCUACAACUUUGAGAUCUUCCACAUGCGCGAGAAAGAGAUUCCCGUCGAUUCGGUGGAGAUUCGUGAACUUAUCUUGGCAUUUGCCUGGGAGCCCAUUGGCAACAAAUUUUCCAUUAUACACGGCGAGCCGAACUCUUCAAACGUUAGCUUUUACGAGGUCAACAAGGGUGUUAAGCCGAGCCUUGUUAAGCGUUUGGAAAAGAAGUCGUGCACGCAUCUUUUCUGGUCUCCGCGCGGUCAAUUCAUAGUGAUGGCUAACUUGACCAUGGGCACCUUUGAAUUUGUGGAUACUACGAACGAUUACAUAAUUAGCGCAUCACCAGAUCAUUUCCGAGCCUCGGAGGUUGAAUGGGAUCCAACAGGUCGCUAUGUCGUCACUGGCGUAUCGUCGUGGAAGGUCAAGGAAGAUACCGGCUUCAAUAUGUACACCUUCCAAGGUCGCAUCAUCAAGCGUACUAUUCUUAAGAACUUUGUACAGUUUCUGUGGCGCCCUCGGCCUCCAACGCUACUCGGCGAGGACAAGCAAAAGGAGAUCAAGAAGAACCUAAAGAAGUACUACCCAGCAUUCGAGCAGAAGGAUCGUCUACGCUUGACACGCGCCUCCAAGGAGCUGCUCGAGAAGCGCUCCCAGCUGCGCGAGACCUUCAUGGAGUACCGCAACAAGCGCAUUGCCGAAUGGAAGGAUCAAAAGAGUCGUCGUGUCAUGCUCCGAGGACAUAUUGAUACGGAUAACUUGGAAACCGAUGAAGUUGAUGAGGAAGUUGUUGAAUUUUUAGUCAAGGAAGAAAUAACCCUGCUGGAGUAGACGACUCCCCAUCCUGCUCGCUAAACGUCCCUUCUCUGCAUUCAAUCACAACCUGUGAAACUGGUGUCUCAGAUUUACGUAAAAACGCGACUACGACCCGGCGUUCCUUAUACGUUGGGCUUCUUUUUCCAAAAUCAAAUACGUAUCGCGUCAUCAAUAAUAAACAAUCAAGCGUAAUCAAAUUUGGAAGUUUGAGUUACAUACAUAUGCACACAUUAAUAGACAUA